AUGAAUCUUGGAUACGGAGAAGCGUCCCGACAGUUCAUUGCUAUUCAGGUAAGGAGUAUCUGAAAUGGUAAAAGUAGGAAUAUCUGGCUUUGCCUUUUUACUAUUGUAACUACAUGAUAUAGAGUCCUACUAUCAACCUCAAUACGUUUUCAAUUUCUUUUUCUAACAAUGACACGGCGAUCGAACAGUACGCUAUUAAAACGACGCCGCAUACAUGCAUGCAAACUGAUAAAAGAACGACGCACUACUGUUUAUGUCAGAAACGUGUAGAACGUCAAUAGAUCGCAUAGAGUACCGAAUUGAUGAUCAUGUAAGGUUAUUUGUGCAAGACUUGCGUUUCAGUCGAUCAACAACCGGGAGUUUGAUAAGAACAGAGAGCGUCAUCGGGGAACACCGGAGGAUUGGGCUCUUGGAGGGAAAAUUGUGAAGAAUGCGAUCUUCAUGGGAGAACUCUCCUGUCAUACUAUGAUCGGAAGCGAUGAACUCACAGACUUCAACAGAAUCCCCAACUACGAUGAAUUCAAAAUCCGCAGCUUGGAAGUCAUCGACGAAGACAGUGCGUACUCCACAAAAAGCCCAGAAUAACACGUAUUUUCAUUCAGCCGGCGAAAGCUAUCCGUUUGUGAGAAUAGGAGACGACUUCAUCGCCUACAAUCCCUAUUUGGACACCGUCCAUGAAAGAAGAUUUAUAAAAAUCAUCAUCAAGCACAAAGGAUGUGUCCCGUUGGAUGUAAUUUAGAUUAACGUAUUCAAAUCAAGAGCUUCUGAUUUUCAGAGUGGAUGCACGGCGGUCACCGAGUUUAUCGCUUCCUACAAACCGUCGCAUCACCGUCUCAUGGGAUUCACCCGAAUCAACCUGGCCGUUCGCUAUUACGACAUCGUCUGCUCGUUCUUCGGCCGAUUCUUCAACUUCUGGCCGUUCAACUGA